AUGAAUUCCUCUCCGGGACCCGCCACCCUUUGGGGAAUCCUGGAGUCUGAGAACUCCCCUGUCUCCGCUCCGCCUGUAGAGGACGUUGACAUAGGGGUCUUUGCGAUUCCGCGUCUCCCACCCCCAAUGCUGCUUCCGGUUGUCCAGCUAUUUGGUGAAAAUUACAUGACGCUCCGGACGCCCCGUUCCGGACUCUACCUCCAUCAACUCAUGUUUUAUCGCUACGCCAAUGCGGAUGAUUUGAUCCGCUUGAACUAUGGUUUAUUCCAUAAUGACUAUCCUGAUCUGACAGGCGUUGUUGACCCAGCCCGUCUCCGAAGGGAAGGUGUCGCUGCUCAGGAGUCCGCGCAAUACGACGUUGAAAUCGUUGUCUUGAUCGCGGAUGGAGUCCCCAUCUUGUUGCAUGUCGAGAUGAUUCGGUCUCUUCGCUACUUGUACUGGAUGUUCGUCGAUCCCCGCGAGCACGUACGAUAUGCUUACGUUGGCGUCCCCGAGAGCGCCAACGUUUGGAAGAUUGCCCUCUUGGCGGUCUACGGCACUGAUUAUAUCGACCUAGACGAUCAUCCUUAUACUGGAGAGGAGUAUAUUGCUGCAAUUGCCCUAGUGCAGAAAUGGGCGGGGCAGAAAUAUAUUAUAAGAAGUAUUAUACAAUACUUCAAAUCAUACUGUGUUCGGUUCGAAACCAGCCUACGCAACCUCCCCAUACCCGCCCCGAGAGAUCAAGCGGGCUUUAACGCUCAUGACUAUGCAUUGGCAGAGAUUCAAGUAUGGUACGUGCACUAUCGAGCGAUCCGGGGGAGGUACCGCACUCUUCCGAUGGGAACGUUCGGAGAAUUCGCUGUGAGUGCAAUUCAUACUCCGUACCUGAUCGCUAGACUGCACCAGCUAGUUGAAGGUUUCCGCUUCGAGAUCAACAUGGCCCUCCCCAUACAGGACCGCAUCGAGACCUCCAAUCACUGGUCCCAACAAGGAUACCCCUACCCCGAAGCACCCCCGUUGAUCCUGGCUCCAGGAGGAGGGCACCGGUUCUACUAG